GUGUUCUACCCUUUCACCUUCAGCCUCCUCAGUAUAUGGACCUACCCCUUUAAGCUAGUGAUAGACAGUUAUUUCAGCCUAUCAACGUCCUCAUCGAUAUCCAAUCAGAUUUAAACUUCUGUCAGCCGCCGGAGGAGUUGGAAGAAGGGGGUCGAAAGAGGGAGCGCUCUCUCUCUCGCGAGAUCAUUGUAAGCCGGCCUUUCAGAAAAAAACGCCAGAACAGAUGGCCGGACUUCCCAAAUAGUCAGUUAAAAGACGGGGUCACAAACCAAUGAAAGGGAUGAGGAAGUGGGAUCACUGCUUUCACCGCGCAAGAAGUACCGUUACAGGGCAGACUUUUUGUCCAAUCAACGCCUCCAGACUUUGGGUCAAGUGACCAUAGAGUGCAAGGGGCGGAGCUACAGCCUGGCGCGAGGAACCGUUAAGAUGGACAACGAGUAGGACCAAUGAGGUACUCUGACUAGGGCGUUGGGAACCCAAUAACAGUGGACGGGCGGGCGCCUUCCCCGAGCGCGGGGAGAUGUGAAGACAGACAAACAGUUUUCCCAAUGAGACUGUAGAGGAGAAGUGCUAAUUGACCAAUGAGGACGACGGGGCGGGAGCCUUUGCCGCGGCGGAGUCCAAGAUGGCGGCGUGCGGUUCCGCUGUGUGAAACGAGCGCGGGGCGGCGGGUUCAUCUGCUCCGCGGAGACGACCUCCGACGGCCCGCAACAAUGAAGGGGAAGGAGCGCUCCCCAGUCAAGCCCAAACGCUCGCGUGGUGGCGAGGACUCGACUUCCCGCGGGGAGCGGAGCAAGAAGUUAGGGGGCUCUGGUGGCAGCAAUGGGAGCAGCAGCGGAAAGACCGACAGCGGCGGUGGGUCGCGGCGCAGCCUUCAUCUGGACAAGUCCAGCAGCCGAGGGGGCAGCCGCGAGUAUGACACUGGUGGGGGCAGCUCCAGUAGCCGCUUGCACAGUUACAGCUCCCCAAGCACCAAAAAUUCCUCGGGCGGGGGCGAGUCGCGCAGCAGCUCCCGGGGUGGAGGCGGGGAGUCACGUUCCUCUGGGGCCGCCUCCUCAGCUCCCGGCGGCGGGGACGGCGGGGAAUACAAGACGCUGAAGAUAAGCGAGUUGGGGUCCCAGCUGAGUGACGAAGCAGUGGAGGACGGACUGUUUCACGAGUUCAAACGCUUCGGUGAUGUAAGUGUCAAAAUCAGUCAUCUCUCGGGUUCUAGCAGCGGGGAUGAGCGAGUAGCCUUUGUGAACUUCCGGCGGCCAGAGGACGCGCGGGCGGCCAAGCAUGCCAGAGGCCGCCUGGUGCUCUAUGACCGGCCCCUGAAGAUAGAAGCGGUGUAUGUGAGCCGGCGCCGCAGCCGCUCCCCUUUAGACAAAGAUGCUUAUCCUCCGUCAGCCAGCGUGGUCGGGGCCUCUGUAGGUGGUCACCGGCACCCCCCUGGAGGAGGUGGUGGAGGCCAGAGAUCACUUUCACCUGGUGGCGCAGCCUUGGGAUACAGAGACUACCGGUUGCAGCAGUUGGCUCUUGGCCGCCUGCCCCCUCCACCUCCGCCACCAUUGCCCCGAGAGCUAGAGCGGGAGCGAGACUACCCGUUCUAUGAGAGAGUGCGUCCUGCAUACAGUCUUGAGCCGAGGGUGGGAGCUGGAGCAGGUGCUGCUCCUUUCAGAGAAGUGGAUGAGAUCUCACCCGAGGAUGAUCAGCGAGCUAACCGGACGCUUUUCUUGGGCAACCUAGACAUCACUGUGACAGAGAGUGAUCUAAGAAGGGCUUUUGACCGCUUUGGAGUCAUCACAGAAGUAGACAUCAAAAGGCCUUCUCGGGGCCAGACCAGUACCUAUGGCUUUCUCAAAUUUGAGAACCUAGACAUGUCUCAUCGGGCCAAACUAGCAAUGUCUGGCAAAAUUAUAAUUCGGAAUCCUAUCAAAAUUGGUUAUGGUAAAGCUACACCCACCACCCGCCUCUGGGUGGGUGGCCUGGGACCUUGGGUGCCUCUUGCUGCCCUGGCACGAGAGUUUGACCGAUUUGGCACCAUCCGCACCAUAGACUACCGCAAAGGUGAUAGUUGGGCAUAUAUCCAAUAUGAAAGCCUGGAUGCAGCUCAUGCUGCCUGGACCCAUAUGCGGGGCUUCCCACUCGGUGGCCCAGAUCGCCGCCUUAGAGUAGACUUUGCAGACACAGAACAUCGUUACCAGCAGCAGUAUCUGCAGCCUCUGCCGUUAACUCAUUAUGAACUGGUAACAGAUGCUUUUGGACAUCGGGCACCUGACCCUUUGAGGGGUGCUCGGGAUAGGACACCACCCUUACUAUACAGAGAUCGUGAUAGAGACCUUUAUCCUGAUUCUGAUUGGGUGCCACCCCCACCCCCAGUCCGUGAACGCAGCACUCGGACUGCAGCCACUGCUGUGCCUGCUUAUGAGCCACUGGACAGCCUGGAUCGCAGGCGGGAUGGCUGGUCCUUGGACCGGGACAGAGGUGAGCGAGAUCUACCCAGCAGCAGAGACCAGCCUAGGAAGCGAAGGCUGCCUGAGGAGAGUGGGGGGCGGCAUCUGGAUAGGUCCCCUGAGAGCGACCGUCCACGAAAACGUCACUGUGCUCCUUCUCCUGACCGCAGUCCAGAAUUGAGCAGUAGCCGGGAUCGCUACAACAGUGACAAUGAUCGAUCUUCCCGUCUUCUCUUGGAAAGGGCCUCUCCAAUCAGAGACAGACGAGGUAGUUUGGAGAAAAGCCAAGGUGACAAGCGAGACCGUAAAAACUCAGCAUCAGCUGAACGGGAUAGGAAGCACCGGACGACUGCUCCCACUGAAGGAAAAAGCCCUCUGAAAAAAGAAGACCGGUCUGAUGGGAGUGCAGCAAGCACCAGCACUGCUUCAUCGAAGCUGAAGUCUCCUUCCCAGAAACAGGAUGGCGGGACAGCCCCUGCAGCAGCAGCCUCUCCCAAACUCUGUUUGGCCUGGCAGGGCAUGCUUCUAUUGAAGAACAGCAACUUUCCUUCCAACAUGCAUUUGUUACAGGGAGACCUCCAAGUGGCUAGUAGUCUUCUUGUGGAGGGCUCGACUGGAGGCAAAGUGGCCCAGCUCAAGAUUACUCAGCGUCUUCGUUUGGACCAGCCCAAGUUGGAUGAAGUAACUCGACGCAUCAAAGUGGCAGGGCCCAAUGGUUAUGCCAUUCUUCUGGCUGUGCCUGGAAGUUCUGACAGCAGAUCCUCCUCUUCUUCCGUCACGUCAGACACUGCCACCUCUACUCAGAGGCCUCUUAGGAACCUUGUGUCCUAUUUAAAGCAAAAGCAGGCCGCUGGGGUGAUCAGCCUCCCUGUGGGGGGCAACAAAGACAAGGAAAACACCGGGGUCCUUCACGCCUUCCCACCCUGUGAGUUCUCCCAGCAGUUCCUGGAUUCCCCUGCCAAGGCACUGGCCAAAUCUGAAGAAGAUUACCUGGUCAUGAUCAUUGUCCGUGCAAAACUGGUGAACAGUGGAUGAAGACAUGGAAUUCAAAGCUCUAAUGGACCUUUUUGAAGAGAAUUUGUGGCUUAUGUGGAGUUUACAUGGGCCUCUUGAUGGAAGAAAGCUAAUCUGUUUAGUAUUUGUGCAUUUUACUAGAAUGGCAGCUUAAAGUUGUGUAUCUGCUAUUGUGAUGCCAAUGCCGGUGUUUUAAGUGGAAAAAAAAUGACCUCUUGCUUUGUGCUGUGUACACAAGAUUUCUGGAAAAGUAAAGAAAAACCCUUUUUAUGGCUCACACAGCUUAAAAGUAGCUGUCACUCAAACGUGCGCUCACAGUUGAGCUGCUUUUGUUUUAUUCUAAAUAAAUUGUUUCUUUUGAGGAAAAUGUU